GAAGCCGCUGGAGGAGUCCGCGUCGCCGCCGCCGGCACCGUGGAGCUCGGGUCCUCUUUCACACGGGAUUUUUGCUGUCGCCUGGGGUCAGCGGUGACAUCUCAAAGGGCAGGCCCGGCAGCCGCCAUGGUGGCCAAGGAUUACCCCUUCUACCUCACUGUCAAGAGGGCCAACUGCAGCCUGGAGGCGCCCCUGGGCAGCCGGGCGGCCAAGGACGAGGAGCCUAGUAAUAAAAGGGUCAAACCCCUUUCCAGAGUCACCUCACUAGCAAACCUCAUCCCACCUGUGAAGACCACGCCGUUAAAGCGCUUCAGCCAAACCUUGCAGCGGUCCAUCAGCUUCCGCAGCGAGAGCCGCCCUGACAUCCUCGCCCCCAGAGCCUGGUCCAGAAAUGCCACCUCCUCAAGCACAAAGCGGAGGGACAGCAAACUGUGGAGUGAGACCUUUGAUGUGUGUGUCAAUCAGGUGCUUACAGCCAAGGAGAUCAAGCGACAGGAGGCGAUCUUCGAGCUGUCUCAAGGGGAAGAAGACUUGAUAGAGGACUUGAAAUUAGCAAAGAAGGCCUACCAUGACCCCAUGCUGAAACUCUCGAUAAUGACAGAGCAAGAACUGAAUCAAAUAUUUGGAACCCUGGACUCUCUCAUUCCUCUACAUGAAGCGCUCCUUAGUCAGCUUCGAGAUGUUCGGAAGCCGGAUGGCUCGACUGAGCAUGUUGGUCCCAUCCUCGUGGGCUGGCUGCCUUGUCUCAGCUCCUAUGACAGCUACUGCAGCAAUCAAGUCGCUGCCAAAGCCCUGCUGGACCACAAAAAGCAAGACCACAGGGUGCAGGAUUUCCUUCAGCGCUGCUUAGAAUCCCCCUUCAGCCGCAAACUCGAUCUCUGGAAUUUCCUUGAUAUUCCCAGGAGCCGUCUAGUGAAAUAUCCUCUGCUCCUUCGAGAAAUCUUGAGGCACACGCCAAAUGAUAAUCCAGAUCAGCAGCACUUGGAAGAAGCUAUAAACAUCAUUCAGGGAAUUGUGGCAGAAAUCAACACCAAGACUGGGGAAUCGGAAUGUCGUUAUUACAAAGAGCGGCUGCUUUACUUGGAAGAAGGCCAGAAAGAUUCCCUGAUUGACAGCUCGAGGGUCCUGUGUUGUCAUGGAGAACUGAAAAAUAACCGGGGUGUGAAACUACAUGUUUUCCUAUUCCAAGAAGUGCUUGUGAUCACUCGAGCUGUCACUCACAACGAGCAACUCUGCUACCAGUUGUACCGGCAGCCCAUUCCCGUGAAGGACCUCAUGCUGGAAGAUCUGCAGGACGGAGAAGUUCGUCUGGGCGGCUCCCUGCGCGGGGCCUUCAGCAACAAUGAGAGAAUUAGAAACUUCUUCAGAGUCAGUUUCAAAACUGGAUCCCAAAGUCAGAGCCACUCGCUACAAGCCAAUGACUCCUUCAACAAACAGCAGUGGCUCAACUGUAUCCGCCAAGCCAAGGAAACAGUUCUGUCUGCUGCUGGGCAGGCUGGGUUGCUUGACUCUGAGGGACUGUUCCUGAGUCCUGGCACUGAGAACAGGGAGCCGCAGGGAGAAACAAAACUUGAGCAGAUGGACCAAUCGGACGGUGAGUCGGACUGCAGUAUGGACACCAGUGAAGUCAGCGUUGACUGGGAGCGGAUGGAGCAGACAGACUCCUCCUGUGUAAAUGGCAGGCCAGAGGAAAGCGUCUGACCGAAGGCUCCGGCCAUGCUAGCAGCAGGCCUCCGUCUCAUCUGUACAGUAUUCGCAUUCCACACACGAACGAACAGUCUGGGGAGGCCCUGUGUAAUCCUUCUGUGCGCAUGUUGGCCUACUCUCUUAUGUCUCUUCCCUGCCCCUAGCACUGCAACUGCCAGCCAGUCUGCGUCAGCUGGGAUCUGCGGCAGCCCUUACCCCAUUGCUGUUCUCACAAGUGUCCGGAUGAGGGGAGAGGGAUCAAACACAUUACUCUGAGUUGCCCUACUUUCAAACCAGAAAUGAUCUCUAAACUACUGUUCUGCGCAUACUGCAUUGACAAGUCCUUUGUCCCAUGCUUCUCCAGCUUUCCCCUAGCUCUUUCACAUAGUAGCUGAAGUCCUGGAACUGAGAGAGCUUUGCAGAGAAUUGAGAUGGCAUUCAGAGGGGAGCCAGGAAAGUCUAACCCUUGAAGUGAAGUCAGGUUCCGGUUCCGUGUUAUUCAACCAGAAAACAUGGAAAUAUCCCUGGGGGUUUCCAAGGUUUAAUUUUUGCAAAGGAGGAAGCCUUGUUUGAAGUCUGUGGCUUCAUCCAGUACAAGGUGAAUGUAAGAAGACGUGAAACAGAAGGUGGCUUUAGAGAGGGCCAACAGAGGCCUGGUGGCACAGGCCUACAAUUCCAGCACUUGGCUACAUACUGAGUUUCUAAGUCAAACUGAGUUCCAUAGUAAAAACAAAACAAAAAAUGUACCUGUCAGUUCUGAAUAUUCAAUGGAAGUGGGGGUGGCUGUGGGAGGUGCUUGUCAUGGCCAGUGUCUUGCCAUAAAAGAGCUAUUUCUAAGGACCAGGGAGUGUCUGCCAGGAUUAUGAGACCCCAUCUGCAUCAUGUUUCGUCUUUCUCAGCCACUUUCACUUUAGAGUGGCAAUGAGGGGACACAGAGACUGACUUGCAUCAGUGACUCUGUUUACAAACACGAGGGAAGGAGUUGGGAGUGAGAAAUGUGUCAUGGUCACCGAAGCCUCCUGUGGGAACCACACAAGUUGAAGUUGCUGCAUGGGGUCUUGGGAUUUCCUGAUCUGCUUCUGGACCCUGAGUUUGUGUCCCUGGUUCCUGGGUUAUAAUCAGAAUGAGCAUUAAUUCCUCUUAAGGCCAAUUCCAUUAGCUCUGAUUGACGAGGAUCAGGUAGCCAAACUGGAAAGUUCUGUGUUCCAGCCUUGAUUUACAGAGCAAGGACUUGUAAAAAGACCUUGGGGGAUUGGGUUGGGGGUUGGGUGGAGUUCACAAAAUACACAGAACAGCUCCCUGCAAGUGUAAAUACUUAGGGGGCUUGUACAGAAUUAUACCCACUCCAGCACUAGUAGUAAUGAUUCUAAAUUAUUGCCAAAAAGGUUUUGUUGUUGUUGUUGAUUUCUGCAUCUAUCAAGUUUACAGAAAAGAAAGCAGCAAAAUGCAAAGUCAUCCCUUUAUUGUGUGCAUGUACCACGCGCACUGAAAGAGGCUGUGUGGCAGGGGCUGCCAAUAGAAAAACAAGCUGUAUUACAUUAUUAUUUUCCAAAACAGAUCAGUUCUACCCUGUAAAGCAUAUUUCUGUAUUUAUAGAUUUGAACCAUGGUGAAUUUUUUUUCUAUUGCAAGUUUAUUUAAAACCACUUUGUUUCUCAAGUUGCUGAUUUAGCGCAUGAGCCUGCUGCAGACAGUGGAAAGCUGAGGCAGGACACUGGACGGUGGAGAAAAGCCUCAACUGUUUUCUCUAGAGCUGCUGGCCACUCUGGCCAAUGGGUUGAGAAAAGGUCUCUGUCAGGGUCAGCCUGUUGGAAGAGAGUGGAUGAGUGUUUUGGUGAAAUGAGACUUUUGUAUAAUGGCCUUAAACUUUUCUGGAAGCAUUUCAAAUAAAUUGCAUUAAAAAUA